CCUCGAAUAUCGUUCACCUUCGAAAAAGAUCGGUACGCAAAACGCCGAGGAGUUAAAAAUAUUUUUCGAGUAUUUUUUUUUAAGGAUGUUUGUCGGAGCACGUGAUCGGUUGUACACAUCAAUUUCGAUUUUCAUCCCUUGGCUGUCGUGUGAAUUGGUGGAAGUUCGUGACAGGAGUAUUCUAUCGUGAGAUGUCGAUUAAAAAAGAAGGAGGGCUUAUGUUCUUUCUGCGAAUGGUGAUAACUAAUCGUGAAGCAGUGCUAGUGCGUUACGUGGGGAUCUACUAGCGCCGAUUCUUUUAAAGAGAAGAUUGUUCCGUGCGUGAAAAUCGAAAAAAAAAAAAACCAAAAUCGGUGAGACAUAUUAUCGGAAAGAAUCCGGCGGAGAAGAAAAGAGAGAGAGGAGAAAGGGAGAGAAAGAGAGAGAGAAACCCGUUAAGUGAGGUAACGCGUGUCGAGUCUCGCCGAUUAAUAGCAACGUGAGAGAGAGAGAGAGAGAGAGAGAGAGAGAGAGAGAGAGAGAGAGAGAGAGACAAGGACCGAGCGAGGUAGUCGAAAGUAACCGGUAACGUCAACCUGCAUACCGCGACAAAACCGUUUAAAAGAAGAUCGGCCACGCCGAUCAUCGUCGCCGAGAGAGCCGAUCGAAUCAAUUCACUACCAGGAUCAUUCGCAGUGUAUCGAGUAUCCUCGAUCCUAUAUUCUUGGACGAGAGACACGAUCUAUUUUCUCGAUCGGCUUUAUUCAUUAAAAUUCACGAGAUAGUACCGUCGAUUUGAGAUCGUCCCGGGACUUGACAAUCAGCUGGAUCGCGACGCGAUAUCGUCACUGACGCGCGAUCGGCGAUAACCGACAUAAUGCAAGAGUGCCGAAAACGCGAGAACGAUGCAUGGACGGUAACGGUAAAGCGACAGCCGGAUCCCUUAUUCAUCGCGAACCACGUCUCACCGAGGCACCGUCUUCCGAGGACGGAAGUGAGCGGAAAUCGGCUGUGAUGCCAGCUGGCAGCGCGCGCGGCCUUCAUCGAUACCGUAUUGACGACCACGAGGAGGGCGAUAACGAAGACGACGAUAAAUCUCGAUCGGCGAUAAACUAUCCUACGAGAAACUAUUACCACGCGGCUAAGGUGGAGGAGAGCAAAGAGACAAGUGUCGGAUGAGACCGUCAUGCCCGCUGAGGUUGACACGGGCGGGCAUUGGGUGCUGCACUGUGAUUCCCGUGCCGAUCGCCCGAUUCGCGUGUCGAUUUUCCCGAGACUUCCUAGAAUCGACCAGGACCGAGGACCGAGAAGGAGAGUCCUUCAAGAUCGGCGAGAACAGAUCGAAAUUGGCGCGAGAGAAGCGCGGCUGACGUCGGAUCACCGUGACGGGAAAUCACUCUCUGUUCUCGAUUCAUCAUCCGUAAGGAUUCCGAGAAUCGGCGACCGGGAGAAGAAGGUCCUCUCAACAGAUCGGGCAUCGCAGUCAUUACUUCGGAGACGAAGAGGAGACGGUCUCCUAGCGUAUCUCGCGACGAGGGAAUCUUCGCCGGCGAUCGAGAAUGCUCGCGAGCGUUUCCCGGUCACGUGGAAGUCACAGGAGAGCGAGGAGAAAGAGCGAGUGGAAUCGCGGCUACGCGACAUCGAGACGAAACAAUCUGACCCCACGAUAGCGGCCUCGAUCGCAGGGCGUCGAAGUCUCCAGGAUCGAUCGCAGACGAGACACGCGCGGUCCGCGGUCCACGAUAGGAAGAAUCUCGAUGCUUAUCCGGGAAGGACGAGGAUAACGGAAGAAAGUCCUCUUCUCUCUAGUCACCGUUCGCGUACUCGCUCGAAUGAGGAUGAUCUCCAGGAUGUUGAGGGACGUUUCGGCGAGCGACUUGACGAGAACGCGCGUUUGGGAGGACGUGAUGAACGCUCGGAGACGGAGCGGAUGGAAAGGCUGGGCCAGAACAGGAAGAGGAUCGGAAACUGGCGCGCGUAUCGCGUCCGCUCGUUCCUUCAACUGGCCUUUCUUCUCUUCCUCGUCGCCUUCGGGCGAUGCGGACUCGGCUCGUCGGGUGUGAUUAAGUUCAGUGCGAGACCGACCGCGAGUGUUCUCGGCUUCGGCGCGUUUAUUCGUGCAGUGAGUGCAGGCACGAUCGAUCUGACCGGCGACGCGGGCACUCGCGCCGAAAGAUCGGCCAAUCUCUCGCACAUCACCGGGGCCUCGCGAAAGAUACAGAUGUACAUUAAAAAUCGUCAUCUACAAAUCCUGCCGGACGGCACGGUCAACGGCUCCAAUGACGAUACCUCUGAUUACACGAUUUUUCAAAGAACAUCGAUAUCGAGAGGUCAAUUAAGGAUUCAAGGCGUAGCGACCUGCCUUUACCUCUGUAUGGAUUCCUGCGGUCUACUUUAUGGCUCGCGCGAGUACACAGAGGACUGCGUCUUCAACGAGACCUUGGAGCAGCACAACUACAAUACGUACAGUUCGGUACGCUGGUCCACAGCAAAGAAGACGCUGUACCUCGGCCUGAAUCGCCACGGCCAACCGAGGAGAGUACAAACUAAGGGUCACAACCUGGGAAGACUGUCGGCCUACGCCCGGGUGUUGACGCAGAUGGCUCCGUUUGAUCGCGUGGAAGCUCUACAGAGGCGGAUGCAGGGCGCACAGCACAAUGUGCGCCAUCGGCAUCACGGCCAUCGUCGUCUACACGCCGGUGACGUAGCGCAACAGUCCAUCUGUCCCACUCUGCCGGAUCAAGAGAAGGACGGCAGGGACAGGUUCAGAUGCCGUAAACGAAAGAAAAGGAAGAAGCGGAGGCGACGGUGCCGACCGGGCGAACAGCCCGGUCCCCAGUGCCGAGUCGUCGAGGGAUCUACCGUGAGUCCCACAACGGACAUCGACGCGACUUCGGAGAUGAGCAGCAUCACCACCCCGGAAUCUAAGCGAUCCUGCGAGGGGGCGGCCAGCGAGGAGGCCUGCAGACGUCAGGCUCUUUCGGUACCGGCGAAGAAGCGGAAGUCGCGGAUAGACGGCGGCGGCGGCAGCGGUGGGAAUCUCACGCUCAACAACGGUAAGAACAAAGCAUCAACGUCAAACGCGAAAAAGCCAAACGUCAACGUCGCCGAUAGUCAAAGUAAAAAGCCUGAUUUGACGGACGGGAAAAAGACGAAGAGGAGGGGCCCGCCGAGGAGAGGGAACGCGAUGAUGCCGCUGUCCCGGAAGCAGUACGAGUCUACCACGGUCCGGGUCUUUUCGCCUCUAACAGCGCCCACCAGCGAGGUGCAGCGGGUCUCGACAGCCACAUCGUCCUCGUCGCCGUCUCCUCCUGGUGUGUCAACCGCUCCCUCUUCCGCCGGAAGGCCGAAUUCGCCCUCGUCUGGCCGUAGGAAACCGUCGCCGUCUUUGAGAAAUCGCGUCACGAGACCGAUGAGUUCGCAUAGGAAAGGAAAGUCGUUUUCGCGUUCGCCGAGUCGAUCGAAAUCGACGCCGAUAAGCGAGAUGAAUCUAUCGUCAACCACCAAAGUUCCUGAAACCACGAGCGCGUGGUGUGCCACAUCUUUUCCUCAACUUCCUCGAUCCUCGUCAAUUCCCUCCUCCUCGUCCUCGCUCUGGCAGAAGUCAACCGAAAACUCUACAAAUUCACCGUCGAAUUCUUCGCUCGUUGACGAGGAGUCACGCUCAACCGUCACGAGCGAGUUCACGACUGAGAUGGUAGAGUCGAUUGCGGAGGCGACAUCCAGAUUGGACGAGGAGGACGGCAAAGACAAUGAGUCUAGUACGAUCGAGACAAUACCGAGAACGACUACGAGGUUUCCUAUAGAGCGGCUGGCAAUGUGACGAGCUCGUUUCUCGAAUGGUAGGAGGAUAUUUUUACGCGAAUGUCAUUGUAAACUUAUGUGUAUAUAGGAAUCACUCUACACGUAUCACAACUCACUCUACAUUCAUGAACGACAAGUGUACGUGUGACGUAUGAUAUACCGAAGUUUCAACACUCGCGAUAUAAGAGGAUCGAUGUGGUUGUGAUUUCGGUAAAAUCAAAAUGUGUUUCGAGUUUAAGAAUACUUUGAGAAGUAAUAAAGUUAACAUAUCACGCAUAUAAAAUUUCCUAAUUUAUUUAAGUGGAUUAUUUAAAGUAUCUUUUUUAUUAAAAAAUUAAAAUCAUUAAAAUUUUAUAAUCUUGCCGACAAAAAAUUCAUUCCUUAUAAUAUUUUCAAUUACGUAUAUGUCUUUUUAUCGGACACAACAUAAUUAAUAUAAUUAUGUUUAAAAAAAUAAGAUUUUUU